AUGGUAGAACCUGCUGCAGAACCCUGCGACGGACUGACAGCUCUAAAACUGCUGUCCAAAAGGCGAAAUGCAACGAAAAGCCUGGUUGCAUUUCUUCAGCUCUGCUACUCUAUUUUCGUUCUUAUUCGGGCCGAAGGGAACCAGGUCGACUUGUAUGGCGCUGCGGCUUUUUCUCUCACUGUCGCCCCUUACGCGGUAAUGGCUGCAGUCAACCUGCUUGCAAAUGCCCUUGUCCCACAAUAUGAUUGCUUGUUUCUUGUUGAGAACGAUGUCAUGCAAGAAAUAAGGUCACAGCACAACCUACAAUUUCACGGCAUAGUCGGCAAGGUUCUGCAAACAGAAAAAGGCGAACCUGUAACAUUGCAUCUGCCGGGCGAGGAAGACGGAGGCCAGAAGUGGGUUUCUGGGAUUCCCGGGUUCCAGCAAGACGCGCGAUUACGGCUGCUUACUCCCGACGAAGCUAUAUCUGACGGCGUUCUACCAGAUAUAUUCGUCACUAUCAGUGCGUCACAUGAAAUUGAGCGUGAGGGUGUGUCUGCAAGGCUCACCCUGCUCGUAAUGUACAUUCCAAACUGUGCUAAACCUUUUGCUGCGGCCUCAUAG